AUGAAUAUCGUCGGUUCAACUGAUGGCAGUGCCGGCAGUCGCAGUGAUAGUACUUUCACUGGUAAACAACAGUCAGCCUACAUUUCCUCCGUAGUUGUCUCACAUGGAUUUCAAGCUGUACGAUACUUUCAAGCUGUAUGCAAUCAUCCUUGUCUAGUACUAAAGUCUGGUCAUCCACUACUUGAUGAAAUCAAGUGGGAAUUCGGCAUUCAGUCGACGGAUCAGUUGAGAUCAAUUCAUUUGAGCGGGAAGUUGUUAGCUUUAUGGUAA